AUGGUUUACACGUCCUCGGCGGUUACGUCUUCUUCUGGAUCGAUGGGAUCGUCUGGCGAGUCUCUAUUUUGUGGGCCUAAUGCAGUGAGCAAUCCAUACUCAUUUCUUCAAGAGCUUGGAAGCGGCGAAACAUCCGAGGUACCUUCCCUUUGUUCAUCAACCGAAACUCUUUCCGAGGAGACCCCAAAUCUUUCCUCCAUCUUAAACUCCUUACAAAAGGAAAAGGGCACCGAUGCUCUUCAAUUGAAAACAAAGCUACCUUAUGCGUGGGUAUUUUGGUACCUUCGCCCGCCUCAAGGUCUCAAGUCGACCCAAUUAAACUUUGAAUCGCUUUUGAAGUAUAUCGGGACCAUGCAAACUUUACAAGAAUUUUGGUCUAUUUAUUUGACAUUGAAAAGACCGGAUGAGCUUUCCGUCGGAACAACUGAUUAUUCGUUCUUCAAAGAAAAUAUCCGUCCCGUUUGGGAGGAUCCGGCAAAUCAGCAUGGUGGAAAGCUUGUCAUACGUCUGAGGAAGAACAGCUCUGUGUCAACCAGAAUUUGGGAAUUACUGCUCCUUGCCCUGAUUGGAGAUGAAUUUUCGGAUCUCCAAGAACAUAUUUGUGGCGUUGUUUUUUCCAUUCGUCCAUAUGAAAACUUUAUCGCCAUUUGGAUGCCAAAGUCUGAUGAUCUGCCCCAAAUACAAAAACUAAGCCUUUUUGGCCUUGCUCCGGAUACUCUUAUUGAAUAUAAAGCUCACAAUUACGCCAAAGAAGGCGUUGCUCCUUCAACAGCGCGAUCAAAGGCGUCAAUCGAUGCACCCUCCAGUGUUCAGGCGAAUAAAGAAUAA